AUGAGAACGGACGGAAAAGUGAUCACACGCGUUACCCUGCUAAAAAAACGCGGCUUUUGGCAACGUCUUGAUGUGCAACCUUUUCUUGUCGCCUACGUAACACUCGGAGUUUUGUUCGCGGUAAAACAAUGGAGUGCGUUCAGCACGCUUCUGUGCCUGGGAGCGGCGGUGAUCCUACAGAUCUUGUGCUGGUUGGCCCGCUUUUGGUCAGCGCACUUUGAUCGUCGAAUAGGCUAUUUUGUCACGAGCGACCUAGUUCAAAGUACGCAUCUCUUAGUCGAGCCGCGGGUUCAUCGUGGCCGUCCAGAAAUUGUAGCACUUCGAAAAGAGCAUGACAAGUUUUUUUUCGAGUUUCAGUGUCGUCGUUAUUACUUUGAUGAUGGUGAGCAUAGGUUCUGCAAGCUGCGGUACCCGGAUGAGUUUCCCUUGAGCUUCUAUCUCCAUGAGGGUGUGAAAGGCUUGAGCACAGCGGAGGUCUCUACAAAGCUCGAACAGUACGGCCAGAAUAGGUUGCAAAUUCCUAUGCCCAGUUUCUGGGAGCUCUAUAAGGAGCAGCUUACAGCACCGCUUUUCGCUUUCCAAGUUUUCUGUGUCAUUCUGUGGUGUCUCGAUGAAAUGUGGAAGUACUCUCUCAUGACGCUCGGUAUGAUGCUUAGUUUCGAGGCAACAGUCGUCCGAUCACGACAGCGCAGCCUCCGAGAGUUGCGCGACAUGCGCAUCCAGCCGUACCCGUUGCUCGCAUACAGGGACGCCAAAUGGAAGCGGGUGCUCUCCGAUAAGCUAGUACCGCUCGACCUUGUGGCCCUAGGCACAAGUCCCCAGGGUUUAGCAGUGCCUUGCGAUAUUCUUUUGCUGGCAGGAAAGGUUGUUGUGAACGAAUCGCUGCUAACUGGAGAAUCUGUUCCUCUGAUGAAAGAAGCCCUUAGAAUAGAGGAAUCAGAAGCGGCCAGAAGUGCUGGAAGCAAUGGAUCGGAACUUCAACCGCGAACCAAGGACAAGAUGCAUGUCCUUUUCGGCGGGACAAUGCUCUUGCAAACUGAAACCCCAGGAAAUGACUGGGGCUCGAUUCCUCCACCACCGGGCAAUUACUGUGUUGGUUGCGUUCUCCGCACGGGGUUCGGAUCUGCACAGGGAAAACUGUUGCGCACGAUUAUGUAUUCCAGCCAGACAGCUUCGGCGAACAACCGAGAGAGCUUUCUCUGUAUUCUUUUUCUUUUGGUAUUCGCGGUAGUAGCCUCGGCGUACGUGCUUCACCACGGUCUGCGCGAUCCUUCAAGAUCUCGGUAUGAACUGUUGUUGCACUGCGUGCUGAUUAUCACGUCGGUGAUCCCGCCUGAGCUCCCAAUGCAGCUUUCUCUCGCAGUUCAGGGCUCGCUUGCGGAUCUCGCAAAGAUGGGGAUUUUCUGCACAGAACCGUUCCGGAUCCCGUACGCCGGUAUGCUCGACGUGUGCCUUUUUGAUAAGACGGGAACCCUAACCGUCGACAGACUUGACUUUGCUGGACUUUUGUGUACUGGCCAGGACUCGCUGACCCCAGCGGAAAACAUGCCGAAACAUGCGAUACUGGUUUUGGCUGCUUGUAACUCGCUGGUUUCCCUGAGCGGAGAGGUUUCCGGUGACCCCAUCGAGUCAGCUGCCUUCAGGGCAAUCGGUUGGACCCUCGGUGCCAACAAUACAGUCUACGCGCGGGAGGGAUCAUGUCGGGGAACACGUAUACAGAUACUGCAGCGGCACGGUUUCGAUGCUACCAUUCAGCGGAUGAGUGUAGCCGUAUCCGUAUCAGAUGGAGAAUCUACCAGGACACCGUACCUUCUCAGUCUCGUCAAGGGAUCUCCCGAGUCAGUUCGUGGUUGCCUGAGGGAGGUUCCCCCUGAUUAUGAUGCGCAGUAUCGCCAACUCGCGAUGGACGGUAUGCGCGUGAUUGCACUCGCAACGAAAGAGUUGUCGGCCGAAAUGACCCAUGCGGAGAUACGGCGGCUCAGCAGGGGUGCGAUCGAGUGCGAGCUUCAAUUUGCAGGUUUUGCUGCCUUUCGGUGUCCUGCGAGACCAGAUUCCCGUGGCGCAAUUAAGGCCCUUCGCAAGUCAAAUCAUCUAGUGGCGAUGAUUACAGGUGACUCGCUCAUGACCGCGUUGUAUGUCGCGCUUGAAACUGGAAUUUGCUCUCGUAGGAAGAAGAAUCUUAUUCUCUGCACGAGGCCGGGAGAAGCAGCAACGAGCGAUUUUGUGUGGGUGAAGCCGUCACGCGCCAUGCAUGGGAAAAUCGAAAAUAGUCGGAAAUUUGAGGCUGCUGAGUUGCCCAAGCUUGGCUCUGAAUACAAUUUGGCGAUGACUGGUGACGUGCUGAACGAGUAUCGGAUGCGUGGCGCGAGCUUGAAGGAGCUGCUUCAAUAUGUCCAAGUUUUCGCCCGAAUGACCCCUUCGCAAAAAGAACUCGUUAUCACUAGCUUGAAGGAUGCCGGAAUGUACUGCCUAAUGUGUGGUGAUGGGACCAAUGACGUGGGCGCCCUCAAGCAGGCGCACGUCGGCGUGGCGCUGCUACAAUCCGUCGCCAAGCAGGAUACUCUAGGAUCGCCCUCUGCACAGAGUCGCCCGUCAUUGGAUCCGCAGCUCGGGUCCACUGCCGCAAAUGCCAGUUUGCGAGCGCAUGCAAGCACUUCGACAAGAUCUCACAAUGGGGACCACAGACGUUCUGAAUCCUCGCAUGGACCUAGGUCGGGCUCUCUGUUGGAACUGGAUAACGAGAUGCCAAUUGUGCGGUUGGGAGAUGCAUCAAUCGCCUCGCCCUUUACGUCUAAGCGAGCGAGCAUUGCUAGUUGUGUGGACAUAAUCCGACAAGGUCGCUGCACGCUGGUGACAACGUUGCAAAUGUAUCAAAUUCUUGCUCUGAAUUGCCUGAUAUCUGCGUACAGCCUCAGUGUGCUUUAUUUGGAGGGAGUCAAAUUUGGUGAUCGGCAGAUGACGGUUACCGGUAUUCUGAUCGCAAUUGCAUUUUAUUUUGUAUCGCGCGGCAAACCGCUUGCUCGGCUGGCGCCACAGCGUCCCCCUCGCUCCAUGUUUACACCAAGUCUGUUCAUAUCGCUUGUGGGUCAGUUCGCGAUUCACCUCUUCGCGCUUGCAUGCUGCACAGCGCUGUCGCAGGCAUACCUUCCUCCAGACUUUGAAGUGGAUCUCAAGGGGGAAUUUGCGCCAAAUAUCCUCAAUACGAUCGUUUUUCUUCUGUCAACGAUGCAGCAGGUCUCGGUCUUUCUGGUCAAUUACAAGGGCGAACCAUUCAUGCAGAGCAUAACGAAGAACAAGGCCCUGCUAUAUUCGCUUCUAGCUUGCGCUUUUCUAAUGCUUGCUGCAUGUCUGGAAGUGUCGCCCGAACUGAAUCAGUACAUGGAGCUCGCAGCGUUGCCUAGUUGGCAAGCUCGUUGGCUUGUUUUCGCUCUCCUGAGCGGCGACUUUAUCGCAGCUUGGAUCUGGAACAUUCUUGUGCAUUACCUCGCAACGCUUAGUUCUCAAAGAAUUCGAUGA